CGUGGUGAUAGAAUGAAAACAUACUUCUAACAGCAUCGGGUGGUGUGAGAUCUACCGAGAAAGCGGUGUGCUGCAGCACCUCCAACUUUUUAACAGUUCUUGGCUCUGCAGAAUUUAUCAGGUGUUUCUAAAGUGAUUCUGGAAGGUGCUGGGAAAGCAGUUGAAGACGAAUUUGCUCAACCAGCUCCGUGGCACCAUAUAGAGAACCUGGACCUCUUCUUCUCUCGGGUCUAUAACCUGCACCAGAAGAAUGGCUUCACCUGCAUGCUCAUCGGGGAGAUCUUUGAGCUCAUGCAGUUCAUCUUCGUGGUGGCCUUCACCACCUUUCUUAUCAGCUGCGUGGAUUAUGACAUCCUCUUCGCCAACAAGGCAGUAAAUCACAGCCAGCAUCCCACGGAGCCCAUUAAGGUGACUCUACCUGAUGCCUUCCUGCCUCCAAAUGUCUGCAGUGCGAGAAUCCAGGCAAACAGCUUCCUCAUCUGCAUCCUGGUGAUAGCUGGAGUUUUCUGGAUCCACCGGCUUGUCAAAUUUAUUUACAAUAUCUGCUGCUACUGGGAGAUCCACUCUUUCUACAUCAACGCCCUCCGCAUCCCCAUGUCCAACCUGCCCUACUACACCUGGCAGGAGGUGCAGGCCCGCAUCGUGCAGAUCCAGAAGGAGCACCAGAUCUGCAUCCACAAGAAGGAGCUGACAGAGCUGGACAUCUACCACCGCAUCCUCCGCUUCAAGAACUACAUGGUGGCCAUGGUGAACAAGUCGCUGCUGCCCAUCCGCUUCCGCCUGCCCCUGCUGGGAGACACCGUCUUCUACACGCGGGGGCUCAAGUACAACUUCGAGCUCAUCUUCUUCUGGGGGCCUGGCUCCCUCUUCGAGAACGAGUGGAGCCUGAAGGCCGAGUACAAGCGGGCUGGGAACCGCCUGGAGCUGGCCGAGAAGCUCAGCACUCGCAUCCUCUGGAUUGGCAUCGCCAACUUCCUCCUCUGCCCUCUCAUCCUCAUCUGGCAGAUCCUCUACGCCUUCUUCAGCUACACGGAGAUCCUGAAGCGGGAGCCGGGCAGCCUGGGGGCCCGCUGCUGGUCUCUCUACGGCCGCUGUUACCUCCGUCACUUCAACGAGCUGGACCACGAACUGCACUCGCGCCUCAGCAAAGGCUACAAGCCAGCUUCCAAGUACAUGAACUGCUUCAUCUCCCCGCUCCUCACCAUCGUGGCCAAGAACGUGGCCUUCUUUGCUGGCUCCAUCCUGGCGGUGCUCAUCGCUCUCACCAUCUAUGACGAAGACGUGCUGGCAGUCGAGCACGUCCUGACCACGGUCACCCUGCUGGGGGUGGGCAUCACGGUGUGCAGGUCCUUCAUCCCCGACCAGCACCUGGUGUUUUGCCCAGAGCAGCUGCUGCGAGUCAUCCUGGCACACAUCCACUACAUGCCUGACCACUGGCAGGGCAAUGCCCACCGCUACGAGACCAGGGACGAGUUUGCCCAGCUCUUCCAGUACAAAGCGGUCUUCAUCCUGGAGGAGCUCCUGAGCCCCAUCAUUACACCCCUGAUCCUCAUCGUCUGCCUGCGGCCCAAGUCCUUGGACAUCGUCGACUUCUUCCGCAACUUCACGGUGGAGGUGGUGGGUGUGGGCGACACCUGCUCCUUCGCCCAGAUGGAUGUGCGCCAGCACGGCCACCCGGCGUGGAUGUCAGCAGGAAAGACGGAGGCCUCCAUUUACCAGCAGGCGGAGGAUGGCAAGACGGAGCUGUCCCUCAUGCACUUCGCCAUCACCAACCCCAAGUGGCAGCCGCCCCGCGAGAGCACGGCCUUCAUCGGCUUCCUCAAGGAGCGGGUGCACCGCGACAGCAGCGUGGCGCUGGCCCAGCAGGCUGUGCUCCCCGAAAAUGCCCUCUUCAGCUCCAUCCAGUCCCUGCAGUCGGAGUCGGAGCCUCACAGCCUGAUUGCCAAUGUGAUAGCGGGCUCCUCGGCGCUGGGCUUCCACGUGGGCCGUGAUGGGCAGGCUUCUCGCCACCUCUCCGAAGUGGCCUCGGCCCUGCGCUCCUUCUCCCCGCUCCAGUCUGCCCAGCAGCCCCCCAGUGGCUUCCAGACCGCAGGAAGGGCCGGAGAGGGCACCCAGCCUCGGGGUGCCAGUGCCAUGACAGCUUCUGGUGCUGAUGCGAGGACGGUGAGCUCGGGGAGCAGUGCCUGGGAGGGUCAGCUGCAGAGCAUGAUUCUCUCAGAGUAUGCCUCCACCGAGAUGAGUCUGCACGCGCUCUACAUGCACGAGCUGCACAAGCAGCACGCCCAGCUGGAGCCCGAGCGGCACACUUGGCACCGGCGGGAGAGCGACGAGAGCGGGGAGAGCGCCCACGAGGAGCUGGACGCUCAGCGGGGUGCCCCCGUCCCCAUCCCUCGCUCUGCCAGCUACCCCUUCUCCUCGCCGCGGCAGCCUGCCGAGGAGACGGCCACGCUGCAGACCGGCUUCCAGCGGCGCUACGGUGGCAUCACAGACCCCGGCACAGUGCACAGAGCCCCGUCGCACUUCUCCCGCCUCCCCUUGGGAGGCUGGGCUGAGGACGGGCAGGCAGCGAGACACCCAGAGCCCGUGCCAGAGGAGAGCUCGGAGGAUGAGCUUCCACCGCAGAUCCACAAGGUAUAGCCUUGUAGACUGGGGAUCUCGUGGGGGAUGCAGACUGGGGGCCGCCUGGGCAGCAGGAUGCGGCGUCAGCCUGGUUCUUCUCCCAUCCCGAGGGGACCGGGUGGUCGCGGGCUCCGUUUUAUUGCCAUCCUUUUGCCGGAGAGAGACAAAGCUGCCGGGCCGGCGGCUCUGCGGCGGCAGCGCCUUGUGUCCAGCCAGCGCCACUCUGACUCUCGUGGGGUGGACGCGUGUGUGAGUACAUAACCUGUGUCUGUGUUCACGUCUGUGUCGUCUGUGCCGGAGGAUCGCUGCGGAGCCUGGGACAGCGGACGGGACGGGACUGGCAGCGACGGGCGCGGAGGUGGCGGCUGCUGGUGGCAGACAUGGGGAGAAGGCACCAGCUCCAGCCGGCCGCGGGGAGCUGGGAGCUGCCUCCCGAACGAAGGCAGGGAGCUGGAGACUCCUGGGGCUGUCGAAGGGGGCACUGCCUGCAGCCCUGGGGGUGCCCAGCGCCGCGUUCCCCCUCCCAGAGAGGACCAAUGUUGCGCCCCUCUGGCUGGAGCAGGACAGCAGCGGGGCAGUUGCCCACCCGUUUGCCCCAGCGCCCUGCAGCAGGAUGCCCCCAGCUGCUGCUCUGCGUGUCGGGCUGGGACCUAGAGCUGCUGGCAACAGCUCCGGGCUGCGGGGAUGCUGCAGCUCCUCCCCGGCUCCCAUGACGGCUGCCCUGGUGCAGGCACACAAGGAGGGGACCUUGGGGUGGCAGUCCUGGCUCUCUGCUGUCCUUCCCUGCCCUGUCCUGGGGCUGAGGUGGCACUUUCUGCCCUGCACGGUGCCCGUGGGAUGUGCUCGCAGUGCCAAGGGGCCCCUGGCGUGGUGCAGCCCGGUGUUAGCCGGGAGUGCACGCAGCCUGCUCGGAGCCCACGGUGGAGGUCUUGUGCUCUGUGUAUCGAUUCCCUGCCCCCUGUGCCCGGUCUGUGAUGGGUCUGUUUUCCUCUUGUGGCCAUUUCUGUGGUAUCCGGCCUUCCCUCCUGCCCAGACAAAGGCUUCAGUGUGUCUCGCAUCUUCCCCCCAUGGGCUCCUGGCUCCGUCCUCCCUUCCCGAGGCCAUCCUUCUGCUUGCAGCGUGGCUUCAGCCGCUGCGGAGGCUGCAUGCAAAGCAGCUGGCUGGUGCCUCGCGUGGGAAGAAGGGGUGCCCUGAACCAAAAAGGGAGAGGCAAACCCCUUGGGGGGGGGAUGGAGGAAGGCAUCAGGAUCCUGGCUGUGCAGCGUGACCUUGGCCAAGGCCUUCCCGAGAUCAUUCUGCUUUCCCUCUCCUCUCUCCCAGUGGCAGCCCGUGAGGCUCUGCAUCUCGGCUCCCCACUGCCAGGCUUUGCUUCCACCUCGCUCCCCUCGCCUCCGGCAGGGAUGCCUUGCUUUUGCCGUGCCCAGCAGCGCUCUGGGCCCUCCUCUCCCAUUCCUGGAGCGCAGAGGGUGACCUUGCUUCCCCUGCCAGGUUAUUGCCCCCUGCCCUUUGAACCCGGGCCAGGCGCAGGGUGCUGAGCCAGCUGCUGCACCUGUGGCACUGAGGACAGGGUGGAGGCGGCGAGCAGGGCUCCUUCUUCAACCCUGGGCUUCCCUGCACCCCUGGGACCUGCGAGUGGUGGCGAUCUCCGCCGAGCUAGGGAGCAAAGAGGGAGCAAAACCUUCCCAGCCUGUGCCACCCGGGCUCUGUCCGGGCAGGGAGGUGACCGAGGUGACGUUCCCUGCCCCGGCAGGGAUUGCACAGGCUGAGCACGGAUGGCCUUGAAGGCAAGCUCAGCCCCGUGGGCUAUGGGAUGUGGUGUCUGGGCACCCUGGCAUCACUGCUGCCGCUUCCCAAGCCGGGCAGCUGAAGGCUGGUUGCGUUUUUGGGGGCUGGGGGGGAAAGCCCUGUGCCUUUCCCUGGGCUCGAGGGAGGGAGAGGCCGGCCAGGAGCCCCUCGCCGCAUGUCGUGCUUGUGUGGUCGGUGUCCCGUGUGCAUGGCGAGCCGCGUUUCCUCGGCCCCGUGGGCAUGGGGGUGCCCGGGGAGCCCUCACGACGAAUAAAAGCCGGGGUGUUAUCA